AUGCUAAAACGUAAGUUUAGCGUGUUGGGGUAUUUGGCCUCAAAGUCUUCAAAGCCUAAGUCAAAGAACGAUGACCUGAAGGGUAUUUUAAUGUAUAUUACCAAUAACCGUACAACGCUAUCUUCUUUGCUUCGACCACCGUCAGAGAAGUGCGAAGAGCAGGUUGUUGAGCUGUUGAAUAAGGGUCUGCCAGAUGUCAAUAAGCAAGUCAAGGCUGUUGAAACCCACUACGAUGUUUUGGUUGGAAGCCUGAAGGAUAUUAUACAUAAAGAUAUGCGCGCGAAGUCAUUUGAGGAAAGGCUCAGGGAUUGCGGUCGGAAUAGCCAUGCUCUACUAAGGCUGCUGUGGGAGCGGAUAUUGUACCAUCGGGAAGGCCUGGCGCCGAAUAUGAUGUGCCGAAUUGUACUUAACCCGCAUUUUACUGUAGCACAUGCGAACGAGAUGCUCGCAGCGAUUGAUUCCUGUCCUAAAUACAGACGUGACUAUGCAUUGAUUCUAUGCUACAAAACGAGACGCAAGGACGUAUAUAACUCCUGGAAAAGUGAGUGGGAGGAGAAUUACAUGGGUAUGUCAAGUAUUGCCCAGAAGUUAUUUUGGCGUUUAACAGCAUUCCUGUCUGGUAUGGAUGAUGUGAAUCGGUGCUUGAGCCAGAUUCCAAUCGAAAAAAGCCAAGAAUUUGUCGUCAAGCUGCAUGAAUUGCUUUCCGAGAACUCCUACAAGCUCCCGGAAAGCCUGAUGGAGUGCCCACUUACACACGCUCAGAAGAUUUUCUGCCAAGCGGUCCGCAUGCUUUCAACACACUCUUCAGACAGAGACAGUGAGCCCUAUAGAUGGUGUGGUGAGCUUGUUAAGAUCAGCGUUAGCAACAAGCUGGCACGUGCAAAAGGUGCCACAACCGCAUUCAAUUCCGCAUUAUUUGAGAAACCGGAGUUCAGUCUACUACAAUAUACAGCGCUGCAAUCGUUACAGCAGCUGCUGACCAAUAUAGUUGAACGAACCAGUGCAAACCCAGAGCUGAACAGAGACGCGCUAGAGCUUCUUCAGCAACUACAGAGUCAAAUAGAUGACACACAGCAACAGGUGUUGCUAAGUAUAUAG